UGCUUCCCGCUUUUAUUCUUAAGAUGAUGCAGUCACAUAUAUUUUAUAAUAAACGUAUCGCAAUUUUUAUAUUUACUUUAAAUUAAUAAAAACAAUUCAUGUUAUAAAUUAGAAAUGUCGAGUUUAAUAGUGAAUUCCCAAGAUGCAAACGAUGAUAAAUAUUCUAGUUCAGCAGACGAUAAUGAAAAGCGCUUUAGCCAUGAUCCACGAAUAGAAAUUAUGUUAAAAUCAUUACCAAGGCUGGAUGAAAUAUUUGAAAUACACAAUUGCAUAGGUUCUGGAACCUUUAGUUCAGUUUACUUAUCUACAUUAAAAUCAGAGAAUGAUUUAGCAUUUGCAGAGAGACAAAAGUUUGCAAUAAAGUAUUUAUUACCAACAUCUCACCCCAAGCGAAUUGAAAGAGAAUUGAUGUGUUUGCAGAAAGCCGGUGGGUGUGACAAUGUAGUAAAAUUACAUUUCUGUAUGCGAAAUUUGGAUUCUGUAGUAUUUGUUAUGCCGUAUCUAGAACAUGAUGAUUUUACGAAUUAUUUACUAGAUAUGGGACCUGCAGAGACCCAAUUAUAUCUUAGAAAUUUACUGAUUGCUCUAUGUCGAGUGCAUACAUUUAAUAUAAUACACCGUGAUGUUAAACCUGAUAACUUUCUGUAUGACAGAAAAAAUAAAGAGUUUUUGUUAGUUGAUAUGGGUUUAGCACAUCAUGUGGAUGAUAAAAUGUCUUCAAUGCCAAAAUUGAUCCCCCUUACUCCUACCAUUGAUCAUAAAAGAAAGCGUGCUAGUGACUGUGAGAAUGAUCACAAAGGCGAAGCAUCUCCUGCACAAGUUAGGAAAAAAGUAGCAUUGGAUACUAAUAAAACUAUUACAACACCUAAGACAUUAGAUAAAUUCUUAAUUAAGUCCCCACUAAAGCCAUCAAAUAAUUUAAAUAGUAAUAGCCUAACCCAAAAUAGGAGAAACUCUUUGGUAUCAAAUGAUAGACGUACCAUGCUUAGGUUGGGUUUAAGAAGUAAUUUAAUGGAUUCAGAACAAAAUAAGGCAUUUACAUUUACAUCUCCCUUACCCAAAAGAAAUAGCGUAUCAAAUUUAUUUGAUACAAAAUCAAAUACUCAAGUUAGUUCUCCUAUCCCGGAAAAAUUGCAAAAUGAAAAAAAUAAUAUAGCAAACUCAUUGUCAAGCAAGAAUAUAGAAAAAGUGUCAACUAAUGUAGAAGCCAGUAGUAAAGUUAAAUAUAACACAAAUGCCAGGCUGCGAGAUAGCAGAAAGUCGUUACUAGCAUUAAAAUCUAGUAUUCAGAAUAAUAAUAAAAAUAAAAUCAAAGCAGAAAAAAUGUGUGAAUGCCUUGGAAAGUCUUGUGUCUGUCUAAUUUGUAGAAGCAGAAAACCUAUUCCAGCCAAUAGAAAUGGAACUAGAGGGUUUCGUCCACCUGAAGUCUUGUUAAAAUAUACUGAUCAAACUACAGCUGUGGAUAUUUGGGCAGUUGGAAUAAUAUUAUUAUGUAUUUUGUCACGAUGCUAUCCCUUUUUUGAUGCUCCUGAUGAUUUGACAGCAUUAGCGGAACAAAUAACUCUCUUUGGUACAACAAAAAUAAAGAACUUAGCUACAUUAUUGAAGAGAUCAAUUACUAUGGAUUGCCCACAUUUAAAAGAAAGUAAUUUGAGGGAAGUCUGCACAAUUUUAAGGCAAAGAGAUUGUUUCAAUAAAAGCUACUUGAAGUUCAAAAAGAGGAGCGCAGAAGAUUUUCCUGAUUCAACAUAUGAUCUUUUAUCAAAACUGUUAGAUGUUAACCCUUUCACUAGAAUCACAGCAGCAGAAGCUCUUAAUCACAAAUUCUUUAGUGAAAAUUUAGCUUGUUGAUUAGAGAUAUUUUAUUAUCAAAGUAGCUCGAUAUUGAAUAAAGU